CUUCAUCAUUCCCACUCCACACGAUACCAAUCUCCUUUGCAAAAAGCCAAAAUCAUUUGAUGAAGAUUGAGGAGAGGUGGUUGAAGAGUGCCAAGCAAUUCUCUGGCAUUGAAGAAACAGGUUUAGAAAAUAGAAAAAAAGAGCAUGUGAUGUCAUGAGUAUCUACUGGUGCUUAAUCUAGUGCUUGGUAUUGCACAAAUCAUCUGGACAUGGAUUUUUAAGGGUUUUCUGGGAUUUCUUCCUGGAGCUGGGAUUGAGGGAAGCAUGAUCCCGACCGUUACAGAUUCCCCAUUUUUCCAUCAGACGUCGCUGUAUCCUGCUAAUCUGCCAAAAAGCUCUCUCUCUCUCUCUCUCUCUCUCUCUCUUUCCCAAUUUGCAUGGAGGUGGUUUUGUGAAUUUCUUCAAGACAGUAUGUUUUCUUGUGGAUUUCCAGCAAAAUAAUCAAUCUUCACGUGUGGUUGUUUGGUGGAGAUUGCCACAGAGUAUUCUCCAAAGACAGCGAGAGUUGAAAAAGUGUGAAAUCACCUGAGAAGUGGGAUAAAUUCAAGCCAGAAAAUCACGUUACAUCACAACGUUGUUAUGAAAUUUUUUCUGAUUUAACUCUUCCACCUGAUAAGGCAGCAAUCUCAUUCACUGGAAAUAUCUCUGUAGAAGUGGUGACAAAGUAGUUUAUCAUAAAGGCGAAUCUCUGUGAAAACCUCAAAUGAGAUUAUUUUUUGUGUACAAAAGUUCUCCAGCCUGAAGGAAUGUCUCCCUCGAGAGUGUGAGCUAUCAGUUUUUAUCAGUUUUUGUCUUGAAUGUGUAUUGAAUCCCUCUGGCUAUUUAACCACAAUAUACCCAGAGCCAGAGGCCUUAUAAAAUCUCUAAUCGCGUCCAGUGGUCAAUUCAUUUGCGAUUAUGACACCGUGAAUUCUCCCUCGUGUCUCGUGUCUCUUGACUGUAUUUGUGGCCAGGCAUCAGCAGAGCUCUCAAUUCCAAUUGACUUUCGCUGCUGAUCUCACGGACGGGUUUUCGGUAGCCGGAGAGUGGAAAGGGAAUUCAGCAGCGUAUGUGAGUGAGAAAUCGCCAAAGGUGGUCAAUUUCCAGCAGUUGCUUUCGAUUCUUCAGGGCAGAAACAGACACUGUGGAAGCUCUUGCUUUCAACAUCCCGCGUCCCUGCAGACCGAGGAGGAAUCGUGGCAGUUUUAUUCUGUGAAGUGAACUAGUGCUCAAAGUACCCCCUUUCAAGUGUGAUUUUAUUUUAAUUCUCUUAUAAAUAAUAAAUUUGAAACUAUGGACCACGACCACCACGCUCAUCAUCACAUGCCAGAGGAAGUCACAGGAGCUUCCAGCAUCACUCCUCUGCAGCAUGACCAUGGACAUGAGCACGGAGGAAAUGGAGACAUGGAGUGUCCAAUGCAAAUGAUCUUCCACCUCGGUCACUGCGAGGCGAUUCUCUUCCAGUCGUGGACUGUGAAGGAAGUUGGUGGCUUUGUUGGAGCCGCAAUUCUCAUUUUUGUUGUGGCUGUUCUCUAUGAAGGUCUCAAGUAUUUGCGCGAGAAACUCUACUACGAUGCCCACCAAAUGGAAUUUGCUCAAGAUAAGGAAGGAAGUACACAGAAUUUGAGGAAUACUUCCAAGCCAAUUCGGCAACAAAUCUUCAACAAGGCGCACAUCAUUCAAACAUUCCUCCACCUGAUUCAGGUGUCUGUCUCCUAUGCGCUCAUGCUGAUUGUGAUGACGUACAAUGUGUGGCUGUUCCUGGCUGUUGUCCUAGGAGCUUGCAUGGGAUACUUGUUCUUCGGCUGGAUCCGCAACAGAUCUGUGGAUAUCACUGAACACUGCCACUAGGGACGACAGAUUAUUUCCACUGUUCAACUCAGGGAUUCCUCCAUGUGAACCCUAUUUAGUUAGGGAGGGCCACAGGGGGGAACCUAUUCUGCGAGCCUCACAACAAUCAGCCAUUGAGGGAAUGCAGAAAUCUUUGCCUCUAUUGGCAUUUUUUCAGAACAGUCAGGAACAAAGAAAAACAAGUUACUAAACCGUUUUUGUUUUUUUUUUAAAGAAUAAUUUUACUCCAAUUUUUAUAAAAAUGGUGCAAAAUGUUUGCAAACAUGAAAAAUCUUUUUUAUACCUGAAUACUUUUCCUUUUUGAGGCGUUUAACGAGGAGAAAAAAAAAACAAGAAAAAAAAGAAGUCAAAUGAUAGUAAAACGUAGAAAUGAAAUUGUUUAAAAAAAAACUAUUUAUAGGAUAUUGAAAAUUAAGAAAGAUCAACGAUGAGAUUCUACUCCACUUUGUCUUUUGCGCAAAAGACACGUUAUUAAUUAUUAAAAAAAAAUUAAAGAGGCAAAAGAAAAGCCCAGUUGGAAAAUAAAAAUUUAUCUUAGUUUUUAUUAAAAUUUAAGUGCGGGAACAAAGAAAAGAGAAAAUAAAUCUGUUGAUGGUGUUUUUUUUAGUGCGAGAAAACAUUAUAAAGCGUUGCAAUAUAUAUAUUUGAGUGAGGAAAAAGAAGCUUAAAAUUAAGGCAGGAAGAAAGAAAGAAAAAACAAAUAUUGUAUAAAAAUAUUCAUCAAUUAAAAGACAUUUCGUAUUA